UGGCUCAUGUUGGACCAGGAGUUGUAAGUAUGGCAAAUGCAGGCCCUAACACCAAUGGUAGCCAGUUCUUCAUUUGCACUGUCAAGACCCCAUGGCUGGAUCAGAGACAUGUAGUUUUUGGACAAGUUUUGGAAGGCAUGGAUAUUGUGAAGUUGAUCGAGUCACAAGAGACAGACAGGGGAGACCGCCCUAGAAAGAGGGUGGUGAUCAGUGACUGCGGCGAGCUUCCAAUCUCUGAGUCCUGAUAUUCUAGCUAUGUAUUUCCUUCAACCGCGAACUUUGUUUCGUCCAACCCUAUUCAGAGGGCUUUUCAUUUUUGUAUGAUGACUUGAGUUUGAAAGUUUAUUCUUUGAAAGUUUACAUUGUAACGGAUGGAAAAUAUUGAGCAAGGAUAGUUAGUCCUCGGAAUUGUCAUUUUUCCUUAAUAACAUUGAGAUGGCAUCAUUUGAUACCGAUGGAGAUUCUGUGGGUUUACACAUUGUUCUAAUCUGUGUAUGACAAUUUGCCUACUGGCUGUGAGCUCUGAUUGCAAAUGUUCUAAUGGACAGACAAUGUUAAUA